ACAAUUUUGGAAUUUAUCAACUCAUCAUUUCCAAACAUUCUAUGCAGAGAUACAUUCACUAUAGUACUAGUUUACUCAUUCACUGUCUGUAAACUGAGAAUAAUACAUAGGCAAAACAAAAGCAAUAGUGAAGGUUGUGUCUCUAUCUGCCUCAUCUUUCUCUGGCUUUUCUUCAGUCCUACUCAUUCCUCCCAUACUCCACGGCAUCAUUUAGCAACCAACCAUUCCUUGCAAGCUCUCAUCUUUUUCAUGACACUGUGGAUUGGGACUCUCUCACCUCUGCACAUAAAAACCUUCUCUUGGAUCACAUUCUUCUGCUUCAGUGAGUCCAACUUCAUUGUUUUCAAGCUGUUAUUGAAGAAUCAAGAGGUAAUAUUGGGUCUUUGUGCUGAAAUUGUCUUGAAUCCUUCCCUUGUGAUUGAUUAAGAGGUGCUUCAUACUUCAUAGACAAGUUGUUCAAUUUUGGAACAAGAUGUCUGAGAGGAAAUUGAAUAUCAAUGCUCCUCUCAUGUCGGUGAGACGCUCUUCUGCUACAUCACCAUCCUUAACUGAAGCAAGGAAGAAGAUAUUAGAGAAACGCCAUACCCUUGCAUGCAACAAAUCAGACAUGUCAUUGGAUCAGGUAACUGAACCUGUUGCAGUACCUUUCAAUUGGGAGCGCAUACCCGGAAGAUGCAAGAGCAACAAAGGUGGAUCUGAACCUCAACUUCCUAAGAACCCUUCAACUACUCAAAUACCUAAGCUUCCCCCAGGAAAAUCUAUCAAUUCUACUAAACAGCCUUUGGAAAAGGAAAGUAAAGUUGCAAAUAAAUUCAGCUCCUCAAAUAAAUCAAAGUCUUUCAGUAGUAGCAUGGUCAAUAUAGAUGCUGACAGAGAAAGAAAAGCUGAGAGAAAUGUAGAAAGAACAAGGUUCAAUGAUGUGAAUGAGGAAGAAGAGGAGGAUGUUUAUUCAGAUGCUCUUCAAACACUUUCACCUACAGAAUCAUACUCCAUGAACUGUAGUGUAAGCGGUGUGAGCGGGUUAGAUACUUUGGAUGCAAAUGCAAAGAAGUUUGGAAACUUUUCUACAGAUCAACAAACUCGAGACUUCAUGAUGAACCGCUUCUUGCCUGCUGCAAAGGCUAUGACCUUGCAACCUCCUCAAUAUUCUUCCAAAAAGCAAUCUGUACUAGUAGAGCAACAACCUAGAGAUGUUAACAAAUUGGUUCGCGAGGCGAAGAAGCCCUUGCCUAAUCAAUAUUCCACAGAUAUUGUGCCAUAUACUAGCCAUUGUCAAGAGGAAUUGAAAGAAAGUGAAGAUGACGAUGAUGAUUAUGACAACCCUGUUAGUUUCUCAAGUAAAGGUUGUGGGAUGUUACCUAAUUUACAUAUUAGGAACUCAUUAUGCUUGUUAAAUCCUGUGGCUGGGAUGAAAAUGAAGAACCAGGUUCCUUUGUCCUCUACCAAUGAGGUUGGAAAACCUAACAAAAGCUCUCAUAUUAGAUCUUUUAGUCCAAUUCCAGCUGUAAAGAAGGCUUGGGAUGCAAUUCACAAGAACAAAUCAGGCUCUGGAGCUGCAUCACCUGAUAUGCUGGAGGAUAGGAGAAAAUGGAGCAGUGAGUCAAACAGGUUUUACUCAGGUGAGUUACAGCCUGGUAGGCUAUCUCCCUUUCGUCGGUCAAGAGCUGCUGCUGCCGGUCUAUCACCCUGCCGGAGUAGACCUCAAUCUCCCUUUCGCGGACGUGAUUCUAAAGAAACUGAAAAUAGUAAAUCUGGCAUGCUGAGAUUCCAUACCACUGGACUUGGAAGUAAUCAAGGGAUGCUGUCCCAAGGAGGAGCCAAAAGAAUGUCAUAUUCUGGGAACCUCGCUAUCGAAAAGACUUUGUACAUAGAUACCACAAACACGGUUAAAUUAUCAUCUUCAAAUUUAAGUUCUGUAGAUAACAAAAGGAGGAUAGAUACUGUGAUUGCAGACUUGGACAAAAGAAGAGGGAAAGAAAGUAGUUCCACCAUAGAAUCUUCUCAAGGUAGAAAACAUGUACAAGCUCUGGAAGAAAAGAACACCUUGGAUGCUAAAGUGUUAAGUUCCAUGGAUGCCAAUUCUUCAACUUUGCCUAGCAUGUCACAUCUCAUCGUCAAAGAAGAUAAAGAGAAAGGAUUAACUACUGAUCAAGAUGUUAACCAUGAACUAGAAUUCUUGAAACUUGUGCAAGGGGCAUUAGCUGAAGAUUCAAAGACCAAUACCAAGCAAAUUGUGUUAGCUAAUGGUUCAGGAAAAGGUGGUGCUGAAUCUCCUCUUCCCCCGCCAUUGCCAAAAUCACCUUCUGAGUCCUGGCUUUGGCGUGCCCUGCCUACAGUUUCUGUCAAGAAUUCUUUCCUGCGUUCAAAUAAAAGUUCUGAAUCUCGUGCUGAAAGGCAUGAUUCAAAUUCAACAUCCAGCAAUAUCAAGUGGGAAACAAUAGUGAAAACUUCAAAGUUGAAUCAUGAUCAUGUACGCUAUUCUCAGGAACUAACCAUGCAUAAACUCCAGCAUUCAAAAUCUUAGAGAUGGAGCUGAGUGGCUUUACUAUAUGUUAUGGUCCAAGCCUUUUGUGUCCUUUUUAUUCUUCUCAUCAUGCUUAUGAGAGAGAUAAAUCAGAAUCAUUUUUGGUGAUCAAUAAAAGCAAAGCUUCCUUUGGAGUUUGGACGCUUUUUGAUACAUUCAAGAUUAUUGGCUAGUACUACUGUGUGCCUUUGAUUCCUCUUCUUACUACUUGGUCAGAGGAACGAUCCUUUGUCAGCUAUUUUUAUGUGUCCUGACAUAAGUGAUUACUGUAAUUCAUGCUUUAUUGAUUGUUUCCUUUUUAUACAAUUAAAGAACUCUUCUAAACAUUUAGUCUGUUUUUUCUAAGCAGUACUGUAAUUCAUGCUUUAUUUGGUUGUCUCCAAUUUCACAUAAUUUUUUGGCA